AAAAUGCUCUAAUUGCUUUGCAAAACAAGGGAGCAGACAAAGGAUGGCACUUUUUUGCAUGAGGUAUGGUGUUUGGACUUUGGACUUUGGGAGAAGGAAGCAAUCUGUAUUAUCUUCAUAUAUUCUAUGCCAUUUAUAGCAUACCAAUAAUCAUAAACAGCUCAUCAAAUCAGACCCAAAGUUCACUAUAUAGAAUAGAAAAGAAGCUCCCCACUCGGAUCAGAACAAGAGAAGCCCUUCCACAAGAAUAAGCAAGCAAAGGCUUUGUCUGUUUCUCCACUCUGACCAUAAAUAUCUUUCUUUUCAGUUUCAUUUCUAGGGGUUUUCAACUUUUUAUGGGUUUUUCUUCUUUGAGGUUUUGAUUCUUGAUUUUCAAGGCUUCUUUUGAGACAAUCUUGAAUCCUUGAUCAGUGGGUUUAGUUGGGUUUCUUGAAUUGUAGAGUGAAAGCUAAGUAAAGUUAGAUUCUAAUCAAUUCACUUCUUCUGGUUUCUAGGAUUUCUACAAAUUUACAAAAAAGAAAGAAAGAAAAGGAAAUUGGGGGUGUUUUUAGGACUAUAUGAUCUUCAUCUUUCUUUAGCAAUAGGCUUUACAGUCUAAGGAUAGGCCAUGGCUAGUAGUAUUGUGGUCUUUUCUGUUUUGAGAUGAUCAAGUGGAAAUCAUGGUUCAAAGAGAUUUCUGUUCACCAAGUAUAGCUGAAUAGAAUAGAUUUGAAGAAAGAUUAGGGUGAUACUUGGGGGUUUUAAUCAAUGGGGUUAUCUGGGUUCUUCUUGAUUAGUAUGCUCCACUCUGUUAUAUGUCUUGUAAGUGGAGCUUUCAUGAUGUUCUACUCCAAUGAAUUCUCUGUGUUCAACCAUGGCCUUGAGACAGCAAGCAAGCUUCGAGGGUCAACGCCUCAUGAUCAACUCUUGAUUCAAACCUCGAAUUCCUUCUCGGGUUGGCUUCUGUUUGCCAUCGGAUUCCUUCUGUUCAUGGUGGCUUUUGUCAACGACUCUAAAUUCCAGAGCUUCUUUGCUAAAGGGUGUGUGUUGCUUCACAUAUCCAUGGCUAUUUGGAGAGUUUACUUUGGGAGGGAACUCGAAGACCUUGCCAGAGAUUGGCCUAAGCAGGUCCUCGGAGACAUCACGUUGGCGCUUUCCUGGGGUUUUCUUCUUAUGUAUUCAUGGAGGGAGAAGUAUGAUUAGUAAUGAAUUGCUGUAAAUUUGCUAGGGAUGAUGCAUAGGAGGAACACAUUUUUGGAUUAAAUUUUGUGGUUUGCUUUUCUCAGCUUCUUGAUCAUAUUUUGCUGAAUGAAUUGGUGUAUACAUAUGGUAUGAAAUUCUGGUUCAAAGUAGAGGCUAGCUCUUGCAAAACAGAGAUAUGAGAACAGUUCAUAGUUACUUUAACCCUUGUGUUCAUUCCUUGUUGGCUUCAUGCCUCCAUAUAAUGAUCUUGAUUGUAAAUUUCUUUACCUGAUAUAUGAUAAAAAGUGGUGCAAAUUGUGUUU